GUGUGUGUGUGUGUGUGUGUGUGUUCAGCGUCUCUCUGACCUUUGAUCAGUUCAGAACAAAGAUGGCGUCCGUCAGCAGACAGACGCAGCGUCGUUUCUUCCUGCGACUCCUCGUGGCUUUCUUCCCAGCAUGCACUGGGCUUCCUGGAGGAGUGUUCGUGGACCGACCCGAGGCCAGUGUUUUCCUGCAUCGCAGUCGUCGGGCAAACUUCCUGUUCGAGGAGCUGAAGAGAGGCAACCUGGAGCGAGAAUGUAUGGAGGAGAAAUGCUCGUACGAGGAGGCCAAGGAGAUCUUUGCCCUGCCACAGCAGCUGGAAGUCUUCUGGAGGAUGUACACAGCCGUGGAUCACUGCCUGUCGUCUCCCUGUAAGAACGGAGCGACCUGUACUCGCCAUGUCGACACCUACGUCUGCAAAUGUUCGCCUGGUUAUCAUGGAUCCAACUGUGACAAAGCACGUCUGGCCUCCAACGGGUGUCGCUACAGAAACGGAGGAUGUGAACAUUUCUGCAGAGAUCAUCCGGAUCGCUCUCACAUGUGCUUCUGCGCUCCGGGAUACAGUCUGGGUCGAGACAACAGCAGCUGCCUGCCGCAAGAAAACGUCGUCUGUGGAAGACCUCUGAUUCAGUUUGCCCCGAGGGUUGUUAAUGGACAGACCUGCCCCAAAGGACACUGUCCAUGGCAGGCUCUGCUCACUAAAGAUCACCAGUACAGCUGCGGAGCCAUCGUCCUGUCGGAUCAGUGGGUCAUGACUGCAGCUCACUGCGUUUGGGGAAAAGCUACCACCGUCUAUCACGUCAUUGUGGGUGAACAUGACCGGGAGGAGGACGACAAGACUGAGCAGAAGCGGCGGGUGAUCAAAGUGGUGAUCCACCAGGCAUACAACAAGACCAGCUCUGACUCAGAUCUGGCCAUGCUAAGGCUCCACCACCCAGUCAAACUGGGUCACUACGUGGUUCCCAUUUGUCUUCCUGCAAAGAACAGCACCUUCAGCCGAACACUGGCGACCGUCCGUCACUCCACCGUGUCCGGUUGGGGCCGCCUAUCACAGCACGGUGCCCCAGCCAGAUUCCUCCAGCGGCUGGAGUUGCCGAGGGUCCAUCCGCAGGAGUGCCGCCUCCACACCAGGAUCAACAAGCUCAACAUCACCAAGAACAUGCUCUGCGCUGGGCUGAGGACCGGCGGCCGGGACGCCUGUGAAGGUGACAGCGGCGGCCCUCUGGUGACACGCUACAAGAAGACCUGGUUCCUGACGGGCGUGGUGAGCUGGGGGAAAGGCUGCGCCAAUGAGAACCUGUACGGCGUCUACACCAGAGUCAGCAACUUCCUGGGCUGGAUCGAGGAUGUCAUGUCCACUGGCAGAAAUGGGACCAGGUCAAUAAUGAGAAAAUACAUGCUUAGCUCGGUGACAACAUGGCGUCAGUCACUUUGUGCAGCUCACACUGCGUCACAGGUUCUAUGGGGAACAUGUGACCAGUGGUGGAGGGGACAGGGGGCGGUGUUAGGUGGACUUUGCACCUUUGGGUCCACAAAGAAGCAGCACAACAACUCUGUGAUGACAUCAACCAUGAGGCUGAGAGUCUUCUUCACCUUCGUCUUCACUUUGUCCAGCUGCCAGGCGGCGUCAGUCUUUCUGGAUCCACAUCAGGCCCAUGGCGUCCUGGUCCGGACCCGGAGGUAUAACACGGGCUGGUUUGAGGAACUGCAGAUGGGAGACCUGAAGAGGGAAUGUCUGGAGGAGAAAUGCACCUACGAGGAGGCCCGGGAGGUGUUCGAGCACACCGAGACCACGGAUGAAUUCUGGAGAACAUACAGCUUGCCGGACAGCUGUGAGCUGAACCCGUGUUUGAACGGGGGCAGCUGCUCCACCCUGGCUUCGUCCUACACCUGCUACUGCCUGCCACAGUUCAGCGGACUCAACUGCGAGCUCGAGCACCUGGACGCCCCAAACACCUGCCUGCUGGACAACGGAGGCUGCGACCAUUUCUGUGAGGAAGAGGACGGAGCACAGACGCCGAACUGCUCGUGUGCAGACGGUUACUUCCUGCACGACGACGGGAUGAGCUGCGUCGCCAAAGAGCCGGUGGUGUGCGGUUCGGUCCCCGUCCUGCAGGAACAAAACAAAUCCCAGCAGCUGGACCCGCGAGGUCGGAUUGUCGGGGGAACAGAGUGCCCCAAAGGUGAAUGCCCCUGGCAGGUUCUGCUGGUGUAUAAAGACAAAGGCUUCUGUGGAGGAGUGAUCUAUAAACCCACAUGGAUCCUCACAGCCUCUCACUGCCUGGAGUCGUACGACGCUCAGUUCCUGAAGGUGGUCGCAGGCGAGCACAACACAGAGGUGAACGAAGGCACGGAGCAGCACAUCCAGGUCGCUGAGAUCAUCAUGCACGAGAACUACAAGACAAUCACAGCCGACAACGACAUCGCCCUCCUUCGUCUGGCGUCGCCCAUCGUGUACACGGCGUACGCCGUCCCAGUGUGCCUGCCGACGCGACCCCUGGCUGAGCGCGACCUCUGGGCCGUCAGCCUGCACACGGUGAGCGGCUGGGGCAGGAGGGGUGAGAACGGACCCACCUCACACAUCCUGCGGCGGCUGAAAGUACCACGGAUCCGGACGCAGCAGUGUGUGGAGGACAGCGGCGUGGUGCUCACUGACAACAUGUUCUGUGCCGGAUACAUCGAGGGCCGGCAAGACUCGUGUAAAGGCGACAGUGGCGGGCCGCUGGUGACCGAGUACAAGAAGACGGCGUUCCUGCUGGGGAUCGUCAGCUGGGGGAAGGGCUGCGCCCGACCGGGCAACUACGGCAUCUACACCCGAGUGUCCAACUACCUGGAGUGGAUCCACAACCGAACCGCAACGCCAAGUCAGCCGACAAACAACACGGAGGCCUCCGUACACAACCUGACAACCUGAACUCAAACUGCUCAUGACAGUAAUUAACGAGCAGCCAGCUUGAUUAGAGCCUGGAGCUCGUGUUAAUUUAGAGAAUUAUCAAUCACAGUGUAAUCCCACUGUGUAACUAUGUCCAGCUGUACUCGAGGAUUUACUCUGAUUACAUUACUUCUGAUCAAACAGCCA